AGCAGCUGAGAGUCCAGAAGAGCAGGGAAGGCUGGGCUUGACAGUCUCAGCUCUCCUCCAGUGUGUGUGUGAACUUGGAGGAGAAACUGAGCAAAGGGCCUUUUGGGGGACUGGAGAGUUGUGUUGUGAAUUGUGAAGAUGGGAGUAGAAGAUACUGUCUGUUAAGAACUGGAGCCUGCUUUGAAGUUGGGAAGACAAACUAUUCAGAGCAUAGAAAUAAUGGGAGCUGAAGAAGAAAUGCUUAUCACUCUGUCUGGAGGUGCCCCGUGGGGCUUCCGGCUGCAAGGGGGGUCAGAGCAGAAAAGACCCCUCCAAGUGUCAAAGAUCCGAAAGAGAAGCAAAGCAUGUCGUGGUGGUCUGUGGGAAAAUGAUGUGCUAGUUUCCAUCAACGGGAAGUCAUGCACUGGCCUCUCCCAUGCUACUGCCAUGCAGAUCAUUGACUCCUCCAACGGCUUGCUCAACAUCCGCGUCAAAAGGAUAGUUGGCGGGGACCAGACUGGCCCACGGCUCCAGCGCUCCCCUUCUCCAGGGCAGCGAGUGCUCUCGCCGCCGUCCCCGCUCAGCCCCCCAACACAACUACUCAGCCCUGAACCGGCAGGAGCCCCAGCCACCACACAGCCCUUGCAGCCACGGAGGUCACAGAGGCACCUGGAGAGCCUCACCUCCCCACCAGACAGCGAGGCUUACUAUGGCGAGACAGACAGCGAUGCUGACAACGUGGCCCAGGAGAAGCACCGCCGAGCUCGCAGGAAAAGUCCACGCUCCCCACCUGACAGCACUGCCAGCAAGGUGGAUGCACCUCAGGAUGAGGUGUCCCUGUCCGAACAGAGUGGCUAUGAGAGCAUGCCAGAAGCUGCUGCGCAGGGGGAGCCUGAGGAGCCCAGCUCCGUUGGGGUGGCCAAGAGGGAGAUUGCCUGCCCGCCUGGCAGCCGCACAGACACUCCAUUCUCAGAGAGCGAGGGACAGUUGCGGCCACCAUUGACAGAGGGACGGGAGCCUUCUCCAGAAGUGAUGCUUCUGCCCCAUGCCACCAAGGCUAUCCGAGCAGAGCGCCAUCUCAUUCCCAUGGUGGGGCCAGUAGAACACCCGAUUGAUGAAGACCUAACCACCACGUAUGCAGAGAAAGCCAAGCAGGCCAAGCUCCACCGCCACGAGAGCAUCCAAGAGAAAAACGUGAAAGAAGCCAAAACAAAGUGCAGAACCAUCGCAUCCCUGCUGACGGAUGCCCCGAACCCCCACUCCAAGGGGGUGUUGAUGUUCAAGAAGCGCAGGCAGAGGGCGAAGAAGUACACACUGGUAAGCUUUGGGAGCGUUGACGAAGACCGCUCCUACGAGGAAGAAGACGGGGUUUUUCCAACUAGUGAGUCUGAAUUCGAUGAGGAAGGUUUCUCUGAUGCCCGAAGCCUAACUAAUCACUCAGACUGGGACAACACUUACCUGGACAUUGAAAAGUCCAAGUCUGACUCUGAGCAGAAGGAAGAGAAGCAAACAGGUUUGAGUGAGGCCUCAGGUAAAGGAGCACGAUUAUUUGAGCAGCAGAGGGAACGGGCUGGGAAGUACACAGUCGAGAAGGUCCCAGCACAGAAGAGCCCCCAGCUUGCCCCAGCUGCCCAGCCACCACCAGGCACAGUGAACGGAGAUAUGCCUGUGCCAGAGAAGGCAGCCAGCGUGCCCCUCAGCGUCCACCUGGAGGGUGUGCAAGUGCCCAGCAAGCAGACAGCGACCCUCCCCGCUCACACCCCAGCUCCCCUUAGCCCUGCUUUCUUUCUGCCUCCCCCAAGCACACCCGACCCCUUCUCCACAAGCACGAGCAUGUUCAACAGGUCUGCACGGCCCUUUACUCCUGGCUUUUCUGGUCAACGCCCAGCAACCUCCUCUGUCAUCUUCAGGCCAUCUGUACCCAAGAAACCUAGUGAGAGUCUGAGUGGGCCAAGCACAGUGGUUCCCCCUCUCUCACCCCUAGCUCCAGGAGCACCUGGCAAUGCUCCAGUGCCAGCACAGCGCAGUCCAGUCAGCUCCUCCACAUCUCUGUAUAUUCCUGCACCAGGAAGGCCAACAUCACCACUGGAGUCCCAGCCAAGAGGGGGAGGAAGUGCUCCAGAGACUAAGCUGGCUGCCAACACUGCCCGGACGUCCACCACCUCUAUCUUUCUGUCAGCUCCCUCAAAGCCAGGAGGGGAGGUGGCCUCUGCAGCAUCCCAGCCACGAAUCCCUGGAACAGCCUCUUCUUCUUUGUAUAUCAGUCCAGCACCAGCACAGCACACAGUAAGCAGUUCCCCCAUGCCACAGCAGCCUUCUCCUGCCAUCUCAUCAGCAACGCCACAACCUCCUUCAGAGCCCUUAACCUCCAGAGAGCAGAGGAUUGCUGUGCCGGCUCCCCGCACAGGCAUCCUGCAGGAGGCUCGCCGACGGGGCAACAAGAAACCCAUGUUUAGUAAGAUUGAGGAGAAGAAGAAUUCACCCAACCCUGAGCUCCUGUCUCUGGUGCAGAACCUGGAUGAGAAGCCAAAAGGUGACCACCCUGGGGCGGGCUUCGAGUCUGGGCCUGAGGAGGACUUCCUCAGCCUGGGCGCUGAGGCCUGCAACUUCAUGCAGUCUUCUGGCCGCAAGUUCAAGACCCCACCUCCAGUGGCUCCUAAGCCUCCGCAGCAAGAUGCUGGACUGGUAAAUGGGGCCCAGGACAUGCCUCAGCUUAAAGGCAAGGGGGCAGAGCUCUUUGCCAAACGCCAGAGCCGCAUGGACAAAUUUGUGGUGGAGACAACACCGAAGCCAGAGUCCAAGCCCAGGACCCCCUCUCCUUCCCCUUCUCUGCCCUCAUCCUGGAAAUAUUCACCUAACAUCCGGGCUCCCCCUCCAAUAGCUUACAACCCAAUGCAUUCCCCUUUCUAUCCUCUGGCAGCCAGCAAAUCUCAGGCUAGUAAAGCGGAGAGUAAAGUGAAAAAGGCACCUGGCCAGAAAUCAGGGAUCAAGGUCAUUGAUUUAAUGCGCCACCAGCCCUAUCAAUUAAAGUCAGCCAUGUUCUGCUUUGGGGAUCCCCCAAGCACUGAGGAGUCUCCUGGUCAGCCGGCCCCGCGGGCUAGCUCAUCCUUCACGGCAGCCAAGCAGAUCCCUGUGAAAACAGCCAAGACCCAGGAGAUUCGUCGCUUCUCCACUCCGGCUCCCAUGCCAGCCUCAAGCACCCUGGCACCUACUGUGCUUAUGCCCCGCUCAGCUACCAUGCUGGAUGAGCCAGUGUGGAGAACAGAAAUGGCCUCCUCUGCCCCCACAACACCAGCACCCUUCCAGGUGGAGCUCAGCCAGCCUCCGAAGCUGUAUCAGAGCUCCCCAGAGCCUGGUCAGGCAGCCCAGGGGCUCUCACCAAACCCAUCCUCAGCCUCUCGGUUUCAGGUAGCCAGGCCCAAAUUCUCAGCAGCGAGAACGGGGAUGCAGGCCAAUGUGUGGAGGCCAAGUUUUGGCCACCACUGAGGCAGGCACCCCUCCCACCCCGUCCGUGGCCCCGCAGAGAUAGUGCAUGUUUUGUCUGUCUUGUCAGCUCAGUACAUUGGGAUGAGUGACACAAAAUGAAGAAAAGAGAAAAAAAAUAUUACCCCCCUUCUGUACCGCCCCCUCCCCAGCCUCAGACGGGCAGCUUCACAGCAAGACCACGGCCUCAGACGGGCAGCUUCACAGCAAGGCUUACCAGCUGCGGCUACAGCAGGAGGAAGAAUGUGGAGAGAGGGCACGUGUGUGGUACACGGAGCAGCAAAGCCUACCUCUGGAGCGGGUGAACGGCAGGAGUUCUCUCACAUAAGGACAUAUAGGUGGUAGUGGUUUUCCUUUACCAAGGGCUUUGAAGUCACCCCUGAAUGGAGGGAGACUGGGGGCAAGAGCUUUCCAGGGAGAAAGGGUCAGAGGUGGCCCUAAGCCCUCACUUCCCUGUUAGACUGCUUUGCUUGGAGCCUGUCUGUGCACACACGCAUCUGUGUGUGCACAUGCAUGUGCACAGCAACUUGGCAAGGAGUGAAAGCAGAAGUUGGCCUUCACCUUGGACACUGCCAGAGGGGCAUGGAAGGAUGACGAGAUAGCAGAGUGAGCAGGGAUAUUUGCACACGCACACACAUGCAGUGCCGCCUGUGCAAGAAUGUGGCCAUGCCUGCCCCUUCUGCUGGUCACCAGGGCUCAGGUAAAAGGGAGAGUCACCUGAGUUGGCACUGAACAUGGCUAUUGCCUCUGGGAGCAGUUUGCCAAAGAGAGGCUUCAAAUGGACUUGCUGGGGCUCUCACAAGCUGGAGGAACUGCAGAAGGCAGUAUAAGUUUUUGAGGGCACACAAAGUAAAAGCUAAGCUCAGGCAGUGGCUGGCUGGCACAAGGAAGGCCCUGCAGCAUUUAGUCCCACUGGAACAGGAUACAGAUGCUGCAAGUACAAAGGAGGAUUGUGUGGGAGAAGGUACUGUUGGCUGUAAAAGGAAGCAGGACUGAAUGAGCAAUUGUGCACCAUCUUUUUGUUUAGGACACAAGUGUGGCUGGAUUGGAAAUGGAUCAUGACACAAGCUUGCUGGAAACGCUGUGAUGAGCUGGAAAAUGUUAUAGUCGCUGUCAGUAUGGAAGUGGAGGUCAGGGAAGCAGAAGGUCACAAGUAGAAUUUCAUACUAAAUUAUUGAAGCAUCCUUGGGGCCUAUCUGGUAAGAACUGAAGUGCUCUGAGAGUCCGAAAGGAUUUGCAUUCACACACACAUGUAGAGCUCAGUUUGCUGGCGUUGCUGGGGAAACAGGACUAGUUCCUUGAAUGUUCCAGGCUAGCCUCAGACUUAAUCCCUGCACUACAGGCAUACAAGAAGAAAGCAUUCCCUUUCCUAGGGAAGAAUUUCAGAUCAGUAGGGACACUAGUGCACACACCCUUGCCAUUUGCCUUCUGCCUGUGCUCCCCUUUGGCAGCAGCCAUUUUAACAGCAUGAUCCCACAAGUACACCAAGAAAGCAUCGCUCCUGAAGGACUGGCUACCAAACACAACAGAUGCCUCAGUUGCAGUGAAGGGGCUGGUCACCUCUUCCUGGGAAAGGGCUGCCCAGCCUGUUGCUAGACCCUAGGAAUGAGUACUGGAGGGAGGAGGAGGGCCUCAUAGCCGUGCUUGAAAAAUGUCUCCAUAUUGUUAGACUUGCUCCUCUCCUUCAAGCAGAGGCUGUUCUCUGACCAGACUGAGCUCAAACUUUGAAUGUACAGAACUGUAUGUUCUAGCAGAAAAGAAGGAGUACAAAGGGGGCUGAAACCAAGUCUGUAAGCAGUGCAGCUAGUGUGGUUUCACACUGAGUUCAAGGCAGCCCUUCUACGCACAGCAUAAGCUGAAGCUCACAAUGAGGGUUUUUUCAUGAAAGCCUAGGGCUCUACUUUUUCUUGGAGGCAGUAAGGUGUUUCUCCAUGAAUGUCUGGAGUUUUUGCAUGUGUGCUCUCCCAUGAAGAAAAAGCAAGCUGGAGAACCUAGCUAGCAGCUCUAGUCAAGAGCCUGAGAGAGAGAAUAACAAAAAAGGAAAAGUAAUAUGCAAUCCUGCCCUCUAAUCCUUCACACUCUGUCUGGGCUUGCUGUGCAGGCCUGUGUUUGCAGUACAUCUUCCUGGUUCCUUGAAACACAGGACAAGCAUGCUGGGGCGAGAGGAGGACAGCACUUACACAUCACCUGGCAGCCUGUCGGCCAUGGGAGACGGUGAAGACAAAACCUUUGGGAAUGCCUUGAGUUAAUGAGCAAAGGGGUGGAUGAGCCAGAAGAGAUGUUGUACCUGGUUGUGCACCAACUGAUGAGGUGAUUGCAUGUGUUCCUGGAAAAGACCCAGAGGGGAUGUCUUAGGAUAAGCCAUGUCCACAGAGUUAAUUCAGAUCACCAGAAUCCGCUUAGCUCUGGUGAAGGGGAGCAGCUGUGCUACAUAGCCUAACUUGGAUGAUUGCUUUCUUACUCAUCCUGUGCCGCAUUGCCAGCAUUUCUGGAAAAUAGUCCUGUGUGCUGUAGCAAGCUACAUCUCUGUGAUUCUUUCCAAACAUGGAUGGAGGAAUUUUCUGGUUUUCUAGAAAGCUAUGGGAAGGAACUAAAGGACUAGCAGUGCUUCAGAAGCUUUGUCUCUAGUCUUCUUGUGGAGUGCUAUCUGUGGCUAAUGGCGUUAGCCACUCACCUUAAAGACAAGACAGACAAAGGUAGUCCAGGUUGAAAGCAUCACUGAACUCAGGUGUAGAGAGAGGUUGUGUGGACCAGAGAAAGGGUGCUCAGGAUAAUUUUGCAGUGAAGAAAUAACUUCAGAAAGUGUGAAUCCUACUCUAGUGUCGCUUUCCCUUAGGCCUCUAAACAUCGGUGCUCUCAGGGCCUGAGUGUCCCAGGAAACUCAUUUUGCUACUGAAAAAAAAGGUCUGGCCUGAGCGUUUAAGGAAGAUUGCAUGUAGUUAGUAUUUCAGUGGCCUCACUCCAGUUUCUGGGAGACACUGACACAAGCCAAGGAGUGAUGGCCAUGGACUGGUGAAUGUUAAAUGUCAGGACCUGCAUGAGUGGAAUAACUGCAUUUGGCCCAUCACUUUGAUAAUGUAAUGGGCAGGAACUGGGAAAAAAGUUAGGUCUGAUUGGAGAUUGCAUAUUAAAUAGCAGAGCAAGGAAAAUAACUGGGAGACUGGGGAUCCUGCACUUCACUUCUAGCAUUCUUAGUUCAAAGCUAUGUUUAGAAGCAAGGCCAGAGCAGUUGGAUGGAUCUCAGUCCCACCCAAUCUUUUCUGGAUCCUAGAACAUAGGACUUGAUCUGCAGGAGUAGAGGUGCUGAAGAUGUGACCUACAGCGCUUGUGGAGCAUCCCAAAUACGGACUGUGGCUGAAACUAGCACAAGAUGAAAACAGUAAACACUGAGAUGCAUCUGCUAAACUAUAAGGAAGAAACCUGCUGGCUUCAAGCAGCUCCGCUAGUGUCUGCUCAUGAAAAUAUUGUGUCUGGUCUGUUAGAAAGGACACAGGUGAGGUUAGGAGGAAUACUUUUGAACCAUGUAAGCUUGUCUUGAGCCUCUCCAAAUUUCUAAUUCCUCAGCUGUUGAACAAGCACAGCCGUAAACAUUUUGACAAGUUUAGCUCCCACCUGCUAAGUUCUAAGCCACUGUGGCAGGCCAAACCCAAGUGUCCCCUCAUUAAGCAUUUGAAGAUGUCUUCACAGGCUCCGAUUUAAAACUGCUACCAUCCCUCCUCUCUAGCACAUUGCAGGUUAUGCAUUGCAGCUAUAGCAGUUCUGGGGCUUGUCUUUGCUUCAGAAGUAUCAAUCCUUUCCCUCUGAACUUAUGAGAACACUUGACAGAGAUAACCUCAAAAUCCUGCACACCUGAGAGGAAGAAUCUCAGAAGAGACUGGUGUGAUGAGGAGUCACGGAUUGCCAGACACAUGCACAGUGCAAGCAAGGACUGUCUCUCAGAAAGACCAUGCUCCCUUUCUGAUAAUAUCCAGCACCCCUACCAAGCCCUCUUCCUAGAAGAGACUUGUCAGUGCUCUAAAAACAGGAGUCCAGCAGCAGUGCUCUGUCUGGUAGAAGAUGUGACCUCAAAGGAGAACAGAGUUGGCUUCUUUGUUUAUGGAAAUACUUUUUUUUCCCUUUUUUG